GCCGAACAGGAGGCACAACUGUCACAUUUGUUUGGUAUUUUUUGGGCGGAUAUUGUGCGCUUGUUUUGUGUCAGAUGCCUCAGCCUCGUUUAGUCGAAAAAAGUUUCAUGUUAUUGGCAGUAAGACGGUUUUCUGCAGUGAGGAGAUGGUAGCGGGCUGUUCUGGCGUUAGCUGAGUUAGCUGCUUCGUCUUCACACAGCCAUGGAGGAAGUAGACAGAAUUCUGAUCCACUCUCUGAAACAAGUGGGCACAGAGGUGUGUGAGGAGAUUGACAGUGUCAAACAGUUCAACAGUGAGCUGAUUGUAGAAGCUGUGGUGAGAUGUGUCCGGGUCAUCGAUCCAGGUCUGGGCAGUGCGUUGCCGACAUCACUUCCUCCAGGCAUGUCUGCUCGCUUCAGAGUGGGCAUGAGCCUGGCUCAAGCAUGUCAGGACCUUGGUUACAAAGGAGAGAUCGGGUACCAGACCUUCUUGUACAGCACUGAGCUAGAAAUUCGCUCUCUGCUUAUGUUCCUGGUGGAGAAACUGCCCAGAGAGAGUGCUCAGGUUUCAGAUCAGCCAGCAGGUAAAUCUGUGGUCCUCCAGAGGGCUGUUGCUGCUGCAGUCAAGGCCCAGCUGGCUCUGCCGUGGCUCCCUCCCAACUGUAGACUCCACCAUGAAACACAAUGCUUCACAAAUAAAAUUGGUUGGUGUGUGUGUGUGUGUGUGUGUUUGUGUUCCUGUGCUGUAAUUUCAGAGGUGAAGGACUACCAGUGCCACAGUCUUCUUCCUGUGACUGCCCAGCCAUGCCAUCAUGCCUCUGUGCUGUCGUCCUUACUGGAGCAGCAUGCGGUGGAGCUGAGUGCUGCUCAGGAGUGGGAGGCUGAGUGGAACAGUCAGGGACUGCUGUCACGCCUCACUCCACAGGAGUACCGAUCCAGGAAAUUUGCUCGUUUGCAAAAACGCAUUGAGGAGCAGCUUCGUUCUGCCACUCUGCCCUGUCCUGAAAGUGCCAUUGGUGGUUCACGCUCAACUUCUGACUUAUCGGAGCUUCUGCAAGGCUUCAGAGGCUCCGCCUUCACCGGCCACACCCUGACCAAGGGCACUCACUUCAUCCACACACAAAAGUUCACCUUCACUCCAGAGAUAACGGCAGACGUGAGCUCCAUCCCAGUGGGGCCCCAGCUGAAGGAAAAUGUCCAGCUCUGUCAGCAGGAAGAGCUGACUUCACUACAGCAGCAGUUCCAACAACUUUGUCAUGAUGUUGAUCUCUUGAGUGCAGAAAUGAAGCACAUGAGUGUUACCAACGCACAGGUUUUGAAUGAGCUGCAACAGGCAGAGCUGGGAUGUGCUGAUCAAGGUGAGAAACUGCAGCUGAAGAAGAAAACCAUUGACUUGCUGCCUGGUGUGGACAACAACCUUGCAAAGCUUCAGGGUCUGGUGGAAGCAAGUGCCAAGCGAGUGGUGAGCCUGGCGUCUCAGUGGGAGAAGCGUCGUGCUCCUCUCAUUGAUGAACAUCGCAGGCUCAAAGAAAUCUGCAGCAAUCAAGAUCUGGAAUCAUCUAGAAAGCUGUCUGAAAUUAAGUCUUUACAAGAAAAAAUCCGUGUGUCUGCAGAAGAAGCCAAGAACAAGGAAGAACUAUAUAAACAACUGGUCACAGAGUUGGAGAAUCUCUCUCAAGAUGUUUCUCGUUCAUCAUACACUUUAAGAAUUCUAGAGAUUGUCAGCAACAUCAAAAAGCAGAAGGAGGAAAUCACAAAGAUUUUGUCAGACACUAAGGAUCUGCAGAGGGAGAUCAACAGCCUGACGGGAAAACUGGACAGGACCUUUGCUGUGACCGAUGAGCUUGUGUUCAAGGAUGCCAAAAAAGAUGAAUCUGUCCGCAAAUCAUACAAGUACCUGGCCGCCUUGCAUGAAAAUUGUAAUCAGUUAAUCCAGACAAUUGAGGACACGGGCACAAUCUUGAGGGAGAUUCGUGACCUCGAGGAACAGAUUGAAACAGAAAAUGGUAACAAAACUAUGGCCAAUCUGGAAAGGAUUCUGGACGACUACAAGGCUAUUCGACAAGAGAACUCUGCACUCGCUGCCCAAGUCCGAGAGAGCUGAAGCAAAGGAUCAUGGGACUAAAACCAUUCUCUAGAGCGCUGGUUGUUUUUUGUUUUCUUUUUUGUUUUUCUUUUUCAUAGUGGAACAGCUUACCUGGCAUUUUUAACCCAUAUCCUUCAUGGAUGCCUUCACCGUUUUGGGUGGAGCUGAACUUAAUUUUUGAGUGUUGAUGUUCUGGUUUGUUGGUUUCCCGCCAACAUGGAAAACCAGCAUGAAUUCAGUUGUCCUCCUUCAUAUCUCAGUGGGAACCAUCACAACAUAAUCUGUAGAGUUAAAUCUGUCAUUUGGAUUGCUUAAUGCACUAAUUCUUCACCCCUUUCUGAUACACAUGAUUAUGACUGAGAAGAAUGUGUUCAUGACUUUUGACUUAUUUUUUCUUCUCAGCUGAAGGUGCUGAGAUUGUCACGAACACUCACUGACCACUUUUUUAGAUGAAGGGCUGUUCCUAAUAGUGUCACUGGGCCUCAGUCAUGACAAGUGGGAAUGAUCAGUGUUUAUACUCUGCUGUGAGUAGUACUGUGUGCAGUACUGAGGGAACAGCGUCUGGUCCAAGAUAGUACCGCGCUUGUUCCCACUGCAAACGUUGGGGGUGAGACUGUGAGGGAUCUGUGACAUUUCUUUGUCCUGCUCUCGAGUUUGGAGCUUUAAACAGUCUUUAUUUUUGAGUGAAAACAGAGAAUUGUUCUUAAACCCAUAAAAGCAAACUGCUGAAGUCUUCUGGAUUCUGACUUUGGAUUUUGUCGUAGCCUCUGCAGGCAGGAAGCAUUGAUUCAUUUCUCACUCUGAAACUUUUCAGUGCCAGUAUCACAAAAAUGGAGUCAAACUGUGGGUGUCAGAAAAUCUUGCCAUCCUGUAGCAGUGAUUUAAUUAAAUGCAGCUGUCUUCGCUGUAAUUUGUGGCCCACAGUUAACUGUCUUUUUAUGUUCUGUCAGAGUUCCUGCUGUAUAUUUGCGUGCUCCAGAAGCACACAUUCGUCUCUCUCUGUUGUUAAAAAAGAAAAAAAAAACCUUCCUUUUUUUUGGAGGGCACUUAUAUUUUGUUCAUCUGGAUAUUUUCAUGUUGGUAUGGUGUGACUGACGGAUCACAUAUUAGGGCUGCAUAAUUGACAGCUUUCAUAAUCACAAUGUCAGCCUGUGUACUUAUUUCAUUAUUCAAGGUUGUGAUUUCCAUAAAUAAAUGAUUUUAUUUCACUU